AUGGCUAGUGAGGAGAGUUUCACAGUGUUGGUUCACCACAGAGGAUCCAUUAAGAAGAAAAUUCGUUCCGGUGUGAAGUUCACUGAUAAGGAUUCUCUCUGUAUUAUCGUCACGCCUACGACGAGGUAUGAGGACCUUGUUAGCUCUGUACUGCUGAAACUUGGUCUGGAAGGUGUGAAACGGGUUAAGAAGUUUUUUUAUCGAUUUCCAAUCAUGGUGCUCCAGAACACCGUAAAGUACGAUUGUUUCACGAUCGGGAGUGAUGAGGACUUGCAGGUCAUGUUUCAUUGUCGCCGGCAGUUUCCAGAGGUGAGGACACCAAAACUGUUGGCAAAGUUGGUUGACGCGGUGUCCAGCUCGGGAGUUUCGAACUGGAAUACCACCACUUUAGCCACGGUUGCCGGUUCUAGCUCCAGACCUGCCGUUGCAUCUUCCUCCGUCCCUGCGUACGAGCCACCCGUCCAACCUGUCGCCUCCCCUUCGUUCGCUGUUGAUCUCCACGGCAGUGUAGGCGACGAGGUCGGACAAGGGGAGUAUCUGCCGACAUCUUUACAGUGUGCUGCACCGGCUUGUGUUGGAGAUGGAUUCUUGGAUGAUCCAGAGGACGAUGAUGUCGAGCCGGAUAUGAUUGCUGAUGACAGUGGCGAUGAUGUUGGAGCAAGUGAUCCUGUUGUGGUGGGCGGUGGUUCUAGCUCCGGCACGCAGCAGUACCCUCCACAUUUUUCCUCUUUGGACUUGGAUGCCAUGAGGCAAGAGGGGGUUGCUAGGCAGCCGGCUGGAUUUGGCGCUAGAGAUGCUGAAAGGUCUGCAGGUCUGACAUAG